AUGACGUCGUACGUCGCAAAGAUCAUCAGCAAGAAGAUAUUGGGGGAGUCUCUGCAGAACAAGUUCGGCAAAGAGGACCCUUACUUCGAGCAAGUUCCCGCGACAAGGCUAGAUGGGCGGCCUACGGGCAAGGUCAAGAAGCGCAAGAAGGCGCUGCCGCCGGGCAUCUCGGAGCACGAUGGGCAAGUCCUGACCAAGGUGAAGCGGCGUGCCUAUCGACUCGAUUUGUCCUUGUGCAGCUUCCUCGGCGUACGCUUCGGCUGGAGCAGCGUCAUCGGCAUCGUGCCCGCGAUCGGAGAUGCGCUGGACGCAUUCAUGGCCUUGAUGGUCCUGAAGACCUGCUGUCAAGUGGAAGGCGGCCUCCCCAACACACUCAAGCUACACAUGCUGUCCAACAUCGGCCUGGACUUUGCCGUCGGCCUCGUGCCCUUCGUGGGCGACCUUGCCGAUGCCAUGUUCAAGGCGAACAGUCGAAAUGCGCUGCUGCUGGAGCAGUACCUGCGUGAAAAGGGCAAGAAGGAGCUGCGAAAGAGCGGACAACCCGUGCCGGCCAUCGACCCAAGCAGCCCGGAAGAGUUCGACCGGGCGGCGCGCGAGGAGAUUCCUCCUCCGUACGACGCCGGCACCUCUCCUCCAGCUGAACGUGAUGGACAUGAAAGUCUCCCGAGUGCUCCGGAGGGGGCCAAAGUGCGUGGCGGCCGCGGCUGGUUUGGCCGUAGCAAGGCUCGCCCUCAUGACAUUGAGAUGGGAACGCCUCAACCACAGCCGUAG